AUGGCAUCUCUGACCACCCCGUCGCUUGUUGGAUCCGCGAGCCGUGCCGUGAACGCCGCGGCGUGCAGCAGCAGCAGCGUGAUGUCCACUCGCCGUGUUAACAUCGUGAAGAUGUGGCGGCGCGCGAUUGCAUGGCGCGUGGGGCGCUUCAGCGAGAAAGAGCAGUGCGCUCUGCGCUCCCCCCGUGCGUCGCUCGGCUUCUCCCCUCUGCGACCCAAGCCUGUGGCUAAGCCGCCCAGCAAGAAGCCCAGGCCCAGGGAUGUGAUGGGUACCGCUGCUGCUGUGAAGCCCAGAGCGGUGCAGAGCGGUCAAGCGACCGUCACAGCUGCAGCAGUCAAAGCCACGCCGGCUAAGGCGACGCCAACAAAGGCGUCGCCAGCUAAGGCGACGCCAGCCAAAGUGACGCCAGCUAAGGUGACGCCAGCCAAGGCGACGCCAGCUAAGCCGACGCCAGCCAAAGUGACACCAGCUAAGGUGUUGCAAGCUAAGGUGACGCCAAGUAAGGCGGCGCCAGCUAAGGUGACGCCAACUAUGGCAACGCCAGCUAAGGCGGCGCCAGCCAAGGCGACUGUUGCAGGAGGUGUGAAGGUUCCAGAGAUGGGAGGAGAGGUGGAGGAAUGUGGUGAGCUGGAAUGGGGAUGCAUGGCAUGA